GUGAUGCAUAAUCAAAUUCAUUGCCCUAGGUUACAGUCCAUAUAUCAUGGCAUCAUCCUCGUCGUCUCCACUAAGAUUUUCAGUCAAACGUCGUGAGCCACAGCUGAUUGUGCCAUCAAAACCAACACCUCAUGAAAUAAAACAACUCUCAGAUAUAGAUGACCAGCAAGGUCUUCGUUUCCAUUUGCCUUUUGUAAUGUUCUAUCGUAGCCAUCCUUCCAUGAAAAGAGAAGACCCUGUGAAGGUUAUCAAAGAGGCAUUAGGCAAAGCACUUGUGUUUUACUACCCCUUUGCCGGUAGGAUUAUAGAAGGGCCUCGUAGCAAACUUCUAGUUGAUUGUACCGGCGAAGGGAUCUUGUUUGUUGAAGCUGAUGCAGGUGUAACGAUUGACCAACUAGGUGACAGCAUACACCCUCCUUUUUCUUAUAUUGAAGAAUUCCUGCAUGAUGUUCCUGGAUCUUCAGGUAUUCUUGGAUGCCCGUUGCUGUUGAUUCAGGUGACUCGUUUGGCUUGUGGGGGAUUCAUCUUUGCAAUACGCCUAAACCACACUAUGAGUGAUUCGCUUGGGUUGUCAAAAUUCUUGAACACAGUUGGAGAAGGGGCACUAGGAGCAAGCACACCAUCCCUAUUGCCUGUGUGGGAAAGAGAGAUCUUGAAUGCUAGAAACCCACCUCGAGUGACUUGUGUGCACCAUGAGUACGAGCAGCUAACACACACAGAAACCUCCAUAGUCAUGACUUUGCAGGAGCAUGAGAAAUAUAUGGCCCAUCGCUCUUUCUUUUUUGGCCCUAGUGAAUUGAAAUCAAUAAGAAAGCACAUUCCACCCCACCUUCAAAAAUGCUCAAACUUUGAGGUGCUGGCUUCAUUUUUAUGGAGAUCUCGGACAAUUGCUCUUCAACUUGACCCCAAGGAGGUUGUUCGUUUAUCAGUCAUGAUCAACGUACGUGGAAAGCAAGGCCUAAAAGUUCCUAGUGGAUACUAUGGCAAUGCUUUUGCUUACCCAACUGCCAUUUCAAAGGCUGGACUCUUGUGUCAGAGCCCAUUGGGAUAUGCACUUGAGCUAGUGAGGAGACUGAAGACCCAGAUGAAUGAAGAAUACAUUAAAUCAGCUGCAGACCUCAUGGUGUUAAAAGGGAGACCACAUUAUACGACAGUUUGGAGCUUCCUUAUUGCUGAUGCAACUCGUGUUGGACUUGGAGAUAUUGAUUUUGGAUGGGGAAAGGCUGUUUACGGGGGUCCAAUUGGAGCUCGACCUUGUACUAGCUUCCAUGUCAGUGGAUUAAAAAAUAGUUUUGGGGAGGAGGGUAUUUUAGUACCUAUAUUGCUGCCAUUGCCAAUCAUGAAUAGAUUUCAACAAGAGCUCCUGAGCAAUGGCAUUGAGUACCCAAGAAAAAUCGCACCUAGGCUUUAGAAUCCAUAAUAGGUGUUAAGAAGAAAAUCAAAUACCUUCCGUUUGGCUUUCUAAAAUGAUGUUCUACAGCGUCAACUAUAAAAUUAAGAUCUUAGUUCUUAUUUCUUUCUGUUUUGUGAUAUUGUACUAAUGCAAAAUGUUAUGUUUUUCUCCCUUAA